AUGUGUAUUUAUAAGACGCGCCAGCCGAUCGAGGAGCCGUCUCCACAAAACAUCAUAGCAUGUGGAAACCUUGGUGUCGUUCAUAAACUUAACGGCCAGCUAGUUCGGAAGCUUCCUUCUAAUCCCUCGAAUCCAAAUAGCUUGCGUGCUAUCAAGACUGAAGCUCGAAUUUACCAACACCUCCAGAAGCAUAAGCGCAUAGCUCGAUGUUUAUCGGCCACGGACGACCACGUUGAUCUCCGCUAUGAAUCUCAUGGGGAUCUGGCCUCAUAUUUGCACAACCAUACAGUCACGGAACGGUUCCGAAUUUGCGUAGCUCAACAAGCUAUUGAAGCCAUCCAUUACAUCCACGAAAAAGAGGUCAUCCAUUCGGAUCUUUCUGCUCGACAAUUUUUGCUGGACGGCCGACUCAAUCUUAGACUGUGUGACUUUUCUGGCUCUUCUUUAAAAGGCUCAGAUGCUCUCGUCCUGGAAAAUGCUUCUCAUUUUUUACCCCGGGAUGAAGACGCCCCAAAUACUGUUUGCAGUGACAUAUUUGCUCUUGGUUCUACUCUUUACGAAAUCUUUGCCGGCAAGAUGCCUUAUGCAGGGCUAUCAGAAGAGGAGAUUCUAAAACUAUAUUGCCAAAAAGUAUUCCCUGAUUUGAGUAUGAUCAAAAGGGAAGCUUGGAGGCGGGUCAUCACCAAAUGCUGGCACGCUGAAUACAACAACACGGCCGAGAUAUUUGGAGAAAUUCAUAAACGAUCAUGGAUUUGCUAUCGUUCUUGGCUAAGACUCUGUCCAAACAAAACCACCAAGCCGGCUCCAACGUAA